AUGCAGUCGGUUCAAAUUAGGUAUGCAUCGAGAGGCUAUGCUGAAACCGAAUUUGUUUUUUCAUCAAUAAAAGUUCUAGCCAUCAUCGGAUUUAUUAUUCUAGCUAUUGUCAUCGACGUUGGCGGCACACCUGCUCAUCGCUAUUUCGGUGUCCAGACCUGGCAUAAUCCUGGUGCAUUUAAAAAUGGGUUUCACGGUCUAUGUACAGUCUUUGUUAAUGCUGCAUUUUCAUUCGGCGGUACGGAACUUGUGGGCUUGGCUGCAGCUGAAACGGCAAAUCCUCGAAAAACUCUGCCAAGUGCUACGAAACAAGUUUUUUGGCGUAUUGCUCUGUUUUAUAUCAUAAGUCUCUUACUGAUCGGUUUUAUCGUUCCAUCCAACAAUACUCGUCUAUUGAAUGCCGUCGGUAAAACAGCAUCAGCGAGCCCAUUCGUUAUAGCAAUUGAUUUAGGCGGCGUUAAAGUUCUGCCUGAUAUUUUUAAUGUUGUUAUUCUAAUAGCAGUUUUAUCCGUUGGCAAUUCAUCAACCUUCGGAUCGUCACGCACGAUUGCAGCAUUAGCUGGCGUUGGACAAGCACCAAAAAUAUGUGGAUAUAUCGAUAGGAAAGGGCGACCGAUGGUGUCAUUACUAAUUGCCAUCACCUUUGGAUUUAUUGCCUACAUUAAUUUAGCGGGUGGCGGACCAACCGUCUUCAAUUGGCUAAUGGCUAUUUCUGGUCUAUCAGGAUUUUUUACAUGGGGUAGUAUAUGUGCAUGCCAUAUUCGUUUUCGUCAGGGUUGGAAACAUCAGGGUCAUACAUUAGAUGAAAUACCGUUUCGUUCGGGUGCCGGUGUUAUCGGUUCAUGGAUUGGUUUAAUUCUAAACAUUCUUUGCUUAAUUGCACAGUUUUAUGUUGCUAUCUGGCCCGUUGGAGAUAAUGUCAAACCAAGUGCAAAGGCAUUUUUUAAAGCAUAUUUAGCGGCACCUGUUAUCAUUCUCUUUUAUGUGGUUUAUAAAAUUAUCUAUUGGAAAACAAGUUCAUUUGUUACAAAUGAAAAAAUGGAUGUGAUAUCAGGCCGACGACAAAUUGAUCUAGAUGAAAUUGAAAAGGAAAAGAAUGAAGAGAGCCCCCAUAAAGGAUUUUUUAAACGAAUUUACAAAUUUUGGUGUUAG